GAAGGGUGCCGCCUCUCCUCUUUCCCGGAGCCAGAGGAAAGAGGGAGGAAAACUUCUUCCUGCCCCGGGCCCCUGGGUUUCUUCUUCUGUCUGCCCAUUGCACCCGGGCCGUGUCUGGGUGCCAGGCUCCCUUCCCCCACCCCCACCCCAGUGCCCGCCAUGGCUAAAGCCUACGACCACCUCUUCAAAUUGCUGCUGAUUGGGGAUUCGGGGGUGGGCAAGACUUGUCUGAUCAUUCGAUUUGCCGAGGACAACUUCAACAGCACUUACAUCUCCACCAUUGGAAUUGACUUCAAGAUCAGAACUGUGGAGAUUGAAGGAAAGAAAAUAAAACUUCAAGUCUGGGACACAGCAGGACAAGAGAGAUUCAAGACUAUAACUACUGCCUACUACCGGGGGGCCAUGGGUAUUAUCCUUGUCUAUGACAUUACAGAUGAGAAAUCUUUUGAGAACAUUCAGAACUGGAUGAAAAGCAUCAAAGAGAAUGCCUCUGCAGGGGUGGAACGCCUUCUGCUGGGAAAUAAGUGUGACAUGGAAGUGAAGAGGAAGGUGCAGAGGGAACAGGCAGAGAAGCUGGCCAGGGAACAUGGAAUCCGAUUCUUUGAGACAAGUGCUAAGUCAAGCCUGAAUGUGGAUGAGGCCUUCACUUCUCUGGCCCGGGACAUAUUGCUCAAGUCAAGUCGGAGAUCUGGCAACAGCAACAAGGCGCCCCCAACUACUGAUCUGAAGAGUUGUGAGAAGAAAAGCAGCACCAAGUGCUCCUUGGGUUAAUAGCUGCUGACCACUCCAGGAUCUCCUCGUCCCUGGCCCAGAGGCUGGGCCUGCUGGAUUUCAGGGAGAGGAAGAGAAAAGGAGGGAAAGGGAAGAGGAGUUGUCUAGGGACUUAGAGAGUUGGGAGGGGCAGGAGAAAAAAGAGAAAGAGAAAAAGGAGAGAGAGAGAGAGGGAGAAAUGAAAGAAAAGGGAGAAAAAGGAAAUUAGAAAGGUAAUUGAGAAAAAGGGGAAGUGGGUAGUGAGAUGGUGAGAGGAGGAUUGCAAGGAGGUGAGAGAAGGGAAUGGACAAAGUGAAAUGCAGAGAGAUGUCCCUGGGGUAGAGUUAACCUCCUUGACCUCUUCCCCUUCCUCUCUUCCAACUCUUCAGCACAAACACUAAGUGUAUAUACAUAGACUUUCUUCAGUUACUGGGUUAUCCCCUGGGAUCUGGGUGGGGGUAGGGAGCUUAGCUGGCUUAGCUCAGUCCUCUCCCUCCACACUCCCUCCCCCCAAAUGGGAGAGUGGGGACCUCUGUCUUAUCACUCUAAGCCUGAAAGGUCUUUCUUAGUAUUAAAGACCAACAUUUGCACAAA